AUGCGUUCUCGUAUGCUACCAACCAAAUCUGGUCUCGAGACAAUUUGGACUGGUGCAGUCUCAACUACAGCCGUUGCUCGAAGAAAGAAGAUUAAAGAAGUUCCUACACAGAAGGACUCUGGGGCAUCUAAAAGUAACAAGCCAAGUGAGAGUGAUUCCAUUGCCACUAGCAAGAAACCCACGAAUUCGAAACCCCCGGUAGGUUCGAAACGACAAGUCUCUUCAACAGUCGUCUCAGAUGAUGAAGACAAAUCUCCUCCUCGUACCAGGCAAGGCCAUAGAAAGAGACAGAAAGCUAUUACUCCUUCGGGAAAAGAGAAAGGGCUAGGUUCCUCCAAAGUUGCUUCUCCUAGCGACAAGGCGUCUUCUGAGGAAUCACCUUUAAAACUGCCAGAUGAUACUGGCACUGCUACUUCAGGUCUCAAGACUUACAAUCUCACCAUUAAUGUCGAUAAACCUCAAGAUAUUUCCCAAAAUAAAUCCCAUGUUCUCUCACCAGUUUUUGAAGAUGCCAGGCCUCUUACCACCAUCUUACCUAAUGAGCCAGUCGAAGAAAGCCAAUCCACUGACGAAUCCCCCGCUACUCAUCAAGAUAAAAACCUGGAAGAAAAUCAUCCAUUCUUAGGUAGUGACAACGUGAAUCCACAACCACAUGGUAGUGAAGAUACUGUAUCCGAACAAGAUGCUAUGGAGGAAAUUUCUAAACCAGAUAAACACAAUCCUCCAGAAACUCCAACUCUUGACACAGAAACUACUCCUGGGGCAACUUCGAUGCCUGCCCCUGCGAAGCCCACUCCUUCGGAACUGGAACAGCUUAAGCAAACUGAUCCUCUCAGUUUUCUAAAAGCUAUGAUGAAUGUGAAUACUACUUCGCCUUCAGAACUUGACAUCUCUCCAGCUGUCCUUGUAGAAUCUGUCUCAACUACAGCCGUUGCUCGAAGAAAGAAGAUUAAAGAAGUUCCUACACAGAAGGACUCUGGGGCAUCUAAAAGUAACAAGCCAAGUGAGAGUGAUUCCAUUGCCACUAGCAAGAAACCCACGAAUUCGAAACCCCCGGUAGGUUCGAAACGACAAGUCUCUUCAACAGUUGUCUCAGAUGAUGAAGACAAAUCUCCUCCUCGUACCAGGCAAGGCCAUAGAAAGAGACAGAAAGCUAUUACUCCUUCGGGAAAAGAGAAAGGGCUAGGUUCCUCCAAAGUUGCUUCUCCUAGCGACAAGGCGUCUUCUGAGGAAUCACCUUUAAAAACUGCCAGUAAUGCCUUCGUUGUCGAAAGUCAUAACUCAAGUCCAGACAAUAUUCCACCCAAGGAUGAUACUGGCACUGCUACUUCAGGUCUUAAGACUUACAAUCUCACCAUUAAUGUCGAUAAACCUCAAGAUAUUUCCCAAAAUAAAUCCCAUGUUCUCUCACCAGUUUUUGAAGAUGCCAGGCCUCUUACCACCAUCUUACCUAAUGAGCCAGUCGAAGAAAGCCAAUCCACUGACGAAUCCCCAGCUACUCAUCAAGAUAAAAACCUGGAAGAAAAUCAUCCAUUCUCAGGUAGUGACAACGUGAAUCCACAACCACAUGGUAGUGAAGAUACUGUAUCCGAACAAGAUGCUAUGGAGGAAAUUUCUAAACCAGAUAAACACAAUCCUCCAGAAACUUCAACUCUUGACACAGAAACUACUCCUGGGGCAACUUCGAUGCCUGCCCCUGCGAAGCCCACUCCUUCGGAACUGGAACAGCUUAAGCAAACUGAUCCUCUCAGUUUUCUAAAAGCUAUGAUGAAUGUGAAUACUACUUCGCCUUCAGAACUUGACAUCUCUCCAGCUGUCCUUUCACAACUUGAAUCAACUCUUGAAGAAAGUGGAUUUGUUUCGAGUCUCGAAAGAAGUUUCAGAGGUGAUUGUUUUGCUAGGUUCUCUAGUUGA